AUGGUUAGCUUUUGGGUUGUGAUUGCGAUCGCAGCUAUUGUUUUUGUUGUGAUAUGGAUACUCGACGACGAUGACCCUCCUCGUCACGAAGGAGACAAGGCCGAGCUACACGAGAAGCUCGAGAAAAUUGAGCACGACGUCGUUGGCAGCGAUGGGAGUUUGAGCGAAGCCGGAUGCACCAUUUGCCUAGAAGGGUACGUCGCGUGGGAGCGACGCGCCACAAUCAACACGUGCGGCCAUCGCUUCCACGCGCACUGCAUCGAGGCGUGGCUGCGGGAGAACAACACUUGUCCGCUUUGCCGGCAUCAUCUUGUCUGA